AACAAACAAAAAGAAAAAAGCGUCGGUCGAUGUAAUCAGUCUAAUCCAAUCCUGGCUCGGUGAUAAGGGCGAGGUCCGGGAACAGAGGUGAGCGGGGAGGCGCUGAUACGGGACAGGCGAUAGGGAGGGAGUCGACUGGUACCUACUAGUCUCGAUUGACUGAGUCAAUAAAAAGCCACCGUGUGAGCAGCUCCUGCACGAAGUGACUUCACCGACACAUCCUGCCUGAAACUCGGACCAACAACCUGUCAGCUCCAACGUCUGCCGCAGCAGAGUAUUAAAAAAAGAUUGUGUCUCGUCCAGGAAGCCACCUCACCGGACUCCACCGCUCAUCACGAUGCCUCAUCGCAACUGUACCGUGGAGAUCAACAACAACUCCAACUGCUACACUCUGUCCAACCCAAGGGUGUUCACUGAGAGCGGUCACUGCGAGGUCCCCCUGCCGCCCAUGGUUGGGCCCUGCUCCGCCGUCAACGGAAUGUUCAACAAGAGCACCGGCGCCGCAACCGGCGCCGUCGGCGUCUUCACCUACGACCUUUUCAACAGCGACCUUAACGACUACAGCCACGUCUUGGCCGUCAUGUUCUCCGUGCCCUACGACCGGACCCUCUACUCCAACUGGUUCGCCGUGGGCAUCUUCGACAGGGGAAACGACUGCAACUACAAUCUGUACGAUACCAUGUACAACGGAAAUGAAGACAGCUUCACGAGAGCAAAGGCUGACGGCUCCUGCAUUUCUUAUGAGGGCGAUUAUUGUAUUGUCAGUGCCUCCAUGUCAGACUCGGGCGAAGCGGUUCUGAGGGUGGACAUCACUGAUACUGGCAUGUACUGAAUCAAAAGAGAUAAAGAUCCAACUGUAGUACUGAAAGCCGUAUGAGAUAAUCUCAGUUUAAUAAAAAAUAUAAAAGCCCAAA